AUGGAAUCUCAAACAUCCUUUACUACCGUUUUUGUGCCUGUAUUUGAUGGACUAAACUAUCAAAUGUGGGCUGUCAAAAUGGAAGCAAAUUUAGAUGCUAACGAUGUGUGGGAAGCGGUAGAAGAGGACUACGAAAGGAUGAAAGAUUUGGAGAUAAUCAAAGAUUAUGCGGACAAGUUUCUCGGCAUUGCAAACAAAAUACGUCUUCUUGGCACUAGGAUUCCUGAUUCUCGAAUUGUUCAAAAAAUACUUGUAACAAUUCCAAAAAGAUAUGAAGCCGCAUUGACUUCCUUGGAGAACUCAAAAGAUCUUUCUACUAUUACCUUGGCAGAACUUUUGACCACACUUCAGGCUCUAGAACAAAGAAGACUCAUGAGAGAUGAAGAUCAUAUUGAAGGGGCUUUGGUAGCUAAAUUUCUAAAAACAAGG